AUGGAUGCUUCUGUGCUGCACCAGAUUUUAGGCCUAUUUAUUCUAACUCAAACUCACUUCACUUCUGGAUUGCUGUCUGACUAUAAAAUCUGUGGAGACGCAGAAUGUGAAAGUCGGAUGAGCAGAGUGCAAGCUGUCCAGGACCAUUACAGUAAAGACUGCCGCUUCCUGAAUUUUCGACAAGGAGAUGUAAUCUUUGUAUACCACAAACUAACAGGAAAGAGAGAGGACCUUUGGGCCGGCAGUAUAGAUAGAAGGUUUGGUUAUUUUCCAAAAGCUGCAAUCAAAGAAGAAGAAAUAUAUGCAACUGCAGAGAAAGUUCUGGAAACACAGAAAUCAGAUUUCUUCUGUAUGAAUGAAAAUGGCUAUCCAAUCGACACAACCGAAGACGAUGGUAACUCUGAUGGUGUUGACAAUGAGCCAGAAAGUGCUCACACAACACCAUCAACGCUGCAAGGAUCCUCUGAGGAAUCACAUGAAAUAUCUGCCAACACAAAAAUUGAAAGUGAAAAAGAAGGAGAGGACCCUGGGUCGAAUUCUUGGCUCAAAUCCUCAGUGACAGGACUGUGGGAACUUGUCAAAAAAGAGGAGCCAAGUGCUAUCCUUAAAGAAGACACAGCAAAGGAAACAGAUGAAUCGUCCCUCACGUCUUCUGUCACAGGGUGGUUAGGGCUGGGACAAAAGAGCAGCGAAGAACCAGUAACUCAGGACACAGACACGUCUAAUAUUGGCUCUAGCAUGACGCAAUGGCUCAACUUUGGAAGUGAAAUUAAAGAGCAAGACAAAACAGAUUCAGACAAUUCAGAUGAAGUAUACAGGAGCAGGAAGAUUGCUCUAGACAUGGAGGAGAACCCAUUUCAUCAUCAAGAGAAAAAAGAUUCUGGGACACUGGGAUGGAUCGGUGAUGGAAUUUCAAGUACAUUGGGUUUUGGCUCGAAUGAUCAGGGUUCUACAGAAGACAGUAAAUUUGCAGAAACGGAGAAAGAGUUCGACCCUGCAGCCAGGUCUUGGUUUGAUAUCGGUCUCACAGACAUGCUGGGGUUUCGAAAAGGCGACGUCAAGGGGAAGGACGAGAAGAUAGAAGAUACUGGAAUGCACGAUACGCCACAAGAUCAAGGCAACCAGCAGGAAAUGGCCAGCGCAGUUAGGUUGAUUAACAACAUCCAGGAGGUUUUAACUGAUACUGAACUAUACUUGAGAGAGGAGGACGUAGGCAUGACACAGGAUGUUGUGGAUGUCAAAGAGCCACCUAAUAAGGAUAACAAGACGCCUAACGAGGACGAAUUAGGACAAAGUGAGACGCAGGGUACGCAGGAAAACUGUGAUAAAACCGAGCAAAGACAGGAUGUAGUUGUGGAGAUAGAAGAAUGGGAAAACAGUGAAGAGGUUGUUGAAAAGGAGAGUGGCAGGAAGAUGUCGCAACCUGAUGAAGAUGCAUUUGACUUUGUUGCAGAAGGAAAUGAAGGGAGGAAAGUUGGUUUGAUUGGGAAAGGAUGGGAGUUGGAUCAGAACACAGGUGUUAGUUCCACAGAGGAGGUGAUGGAGACACCUGAAGGAAGAAGCGCCAAGACAAAUCAAGUUGAGAAAGUGAAAGAUCUGAACGUGACCAGAGAUGGAGGCAUUAACUUAUUUGAAGCCGUAAAGGAGGAUCUCCAUCAGCUGGAAGUGGAAGAACAUAUUAUUGAAGAGAAAUUGGAUCACGAAAGCCUUGAAGAAAUGGAAUCGUUGACGGCUCCCAGGAUAAACACACAAGAAGAGGCUACAGACAAAACUAAGACCAUUAAUGCGCUGCGGAAAGUGGAAAUUGUUUUAGAAAAAGUCAAAAUGGGUUUCAAGAUGGGCAAAUCUGAGCCUGAGAAUAAUGAGCAAGUGUCAGAUAAAAACAAAGAAAUAAACAGUGACAUUUUGGGCGUUCAAGGUGAAGCAGUUGAAAUCCACACUGAUACAGAAGGUGUGACAGGCCAGACGGUUGAAAAUGCUCUGACACAAAUCCAUGCAGCGUUAAAAAUCAUCACCUGGAUUACUGUGAAGGCGACAGCUGAGGCUUACUACAGCAUCGCGGUGCAGAAAGUCAAGGAUGUUGUGUCUGCUCUGCCUGAAGACAUAAGACCUGGGCCGGACCUUUAUGGAGUACCAUGGGAACCCGUUAUUGUAUCCGGCCUGGUGGGAUUUCUCACAAUGUUGUUUUUUGUCUGCAGAUGUUAUAGUUCCGUCAAAAGCAGAUUAUAUCGAAGUAGAGAACGGCAGAUGGCUGAACAGGUUGCUCAGCUGCUAGAUGAGAAAUGCAAGGUUCUUGAGACCUUGAGUAAAGUUCAACAAGAGUAUAAUGGAAUAGAGGACUCGCUCAGAGACAGUGGUGUCUUAGCCCAAACUCAAAAGACUAUGCAGCUUGAGGUUAAAGCCCAACAGUUGGAAAGCACUAAAAGAGAGUUUGAGAAGGAUCUUGGACAAUUGAAAGAGCAGUUGGAUCAGCAAAGUGAGCACAGACUACAACAAGAACAAAGGAUAAAAGUCCUAGAAGAAAGCAUUGAAUCGUGUGUAGAGGAAACCAAAUUGUUCCAGUCACAAGAGGAGCAGGCUCAAACCACUCUUAAAGUUUAUAGUAUGAAUAGUGACAGACUCCAGAGGAACCUGGACACUGCUGGGGAGGAGAAUGCUCUACUACUUGAGAACAACACACAUUUGUCCCAACAGUUGGAAGAUUGGGUAGAACGAGUCGGUGAAUUGGAGCAAGAGAUGAGACGGUGUGAACAUUCCCACAGCGGAAUGCUACAAGAGGUUGCCACGAAAGAGGAACGUAUAAUGUCUUUGACAGAUCGGCUGCUUCAAAUGAAAGCAUGGGAUUCAGACCUCGAGGAGAAACAAGGAGCUGAGGGAGAAACUCUGAAUGGAUCUGCUGGUUCUAAAGAGUCCAAUGGAAAUGAAGAUAUAACAGACCCACAGCGACAUCUCCAAAAAGUGCAAAAGCUAAUUCAUGCUGCUAAGUUGAAUGCAGACCUCAAGUCCGUAGAUGAAGACAAGGAUCGGAUUUUUGCUAAGUUAAAUGAUGAAGUAAAAGCCAGAGAAGAUCUUCAAGAAAGCAUCACAGGUUUGGAAAGUGAGAAGUUAUCGCUUCAGUCUGAUGCUAAGCACUACUCAGAACAGGUGCAACUACUGCAACAGAAGCUUCAGAUUAUGACAGAAAUGUAUCAGGAAAAUGAACUCAAGCUGCACAGAUUGCUGACCGCUGAGGAAAAGGAGCGUCUGCAGAAGGAAGAGAAGCUGACCAAAGCUGAUAAAAAUAUAGCAAUGGCGAUGGAAGAACUUGAUAAUUAUCGACAACGGGCAGAUGAUAUGGAGGAGGAGCUUGACAAAACAAAACAGUCGUACCAGACUCAAAUAUCAUCACAUGAGAAGAAGGCUCACAAUAACUGGCUGGCAGCUCGAUCAGCAGAAAGAGAACUGGCAGAAAUCAGAAGAGAGAACGCCCUUCUCAGACAGAAGCUUACAGACACACAAUUCAAAUUGGAAGCCAUUGAAAAGGAUCCAUAUGCUUUGGAUAGUCUGGCCAGACCAAUGCCUUUUAUGGCAGCCGACCGAUCUCCCCAUGGGCCGUCUCCACUUGGCAGACCAGCUUCUGAAACAAGACCCUUUCUUUCUCCUCCAACAUUGAUGGAUGGACCACCCAAUAGAUUAUCUCCAAGAGUGAUGCAUGGACCAUUAGAGCCUUCACUUGGACCGGGGGAGUCAGAGCGUCCUAGAGGUCCUCAUUCUGACAGUGGGUCACUCUCCCCGAUAUGGGAGAGAGAUCGUAGGGGGCCCAUGCCAGGUCCCCUGCUUGGGCCAAUGGCCCCACCUGGUUAUAUUUUUCCUGAACAAGGAAUGCCCAUGUAUAGAAGGCCUCCAGGACCGAUGGUUCUCCCACCCAGGAAUAACAGACCUCCAGGACCACCUACUGACAUGGCCGAUGGAGCUUAUAGAGAAAACAGCUUCGGACCUGGUGAACAUGACCAAAGAGAGGCAGUUCUUGGUGAAAGAACGACUCCCCCAGGAUCAGAUGUUCGGAUGGGAGGCAUGCCACCUCCAGGGCCCAUGAUGGGGCCAAUGGAUGGUCCCUUUCCUCGUAGAGGCCCAUAUGGUCCUCUACCUCCUGAUUAUUACCUGCCAAGGCUGCCAGGAGGGGGCCCUAUGGGCCCUAUGGGCCCUGGGCCAGUGUGGGUACCUCCACGGCCUGGGAUGAUGUACCCUCCUCGUUUCCCUCCAGGUGGAGCACCUCCACCUCACAUGGGUCCGUACAGCGGCCCUCCUAUGCGGCCCCAUGUACCUGAUGGCCAUCCUCCUCCAUCAGCAGCUCCCUCUCAGCCCCCGGCUCCGGUGCAAAGGCAGUCCUCAGAAGAACACAGGCAAUCGCCUCAAGAUGUCAUUUGA